UCUCGCCAUGGAUCGACUCACCAUGCGGGCAACGCAAACCUGUCGGCGGCUCCGAAAUCAGCCUGUGAUGCGACGGUCGACACAUUGCAUCCCAUCGCAUGACACCGACCGUCCAACGCGGCAUCUCUCCCCAUGUCUGGAUUGGAUGCGAGGUGGUCGCGACAGCUCACGGGCACGCGUUCCCGGCGCAAGGAGUCACACGAGCCUAUAGCAGGGCGACCUGCGUCACAGGCGGCGCAUUCCUACCAGUGAUGAUCGGCGUCAUUGCUCGUCAGUUCUUGGAAAGUCAGCCGAGCCGCCCGCACGAGCCCGAUGCGCCUCGUCGGCGCUACGCUCCCCCUUUCGACCGGCGUAUGCAUGAGGCCUCACCCUUGGGCGUCCCGCAUGGUCAUGCUGGUGGGCUGAUUUGGUUCGAGACCGGUCUCGUGCAAUCCAUCUUGUUUCAUAGCGCCGCAGCGUGUGCACCAAGCAUCCAGGGCUGGGCGGCGGAUGGCGCGCGGUCGUCGGUUCGAGAUGCGCGGCUCGGCGUCAUGUCGGUCGACCUCUCCCACAACCAAGGCAGAGAGGGGCAGUGCUCAGCUCGCCCGGGAUGUCGCUCGCUCUGCCGCGAAUCGGUCAGAAGAUCGGUGUGCUUUCGCGUCAAACAUGGCCGUGAUCAGCAUCUGAGGCAUUUUCGCGACUGGCACGGCGGUCAUGGGAUGGGCGAGGGUGGGCGGCCUCCCAAGGCGGUUCGUGAUCACGGCAGCAGGAUACACCAUCUUGAGGGGUCAGCCUACGGAUCUCCACGGGAACCGCCUGGGCAGGGAAGAGACUUACAACGCCGGUGCUGAUGAUAUUCUGGACCUAGAGGCAAGCUCAUGUCCUUCCUCGGAGAGUCUGUUGUCCGAGCGAAGCUGUAGAGACGGCCAAGGUUCGGAGUGGAAGGGGAGAGAAGGGGCGCUCUCUGAAAGCCGUCGCGACAAGGAUGCUAGGCGAAGGGGCGCUGGGUGCCACGUCACGUAGCAUGAUGAGGGCAGAGAUUGCAGGUCGGCGCAGGCAACAGCCCAGGAAUGAGGGCGGCCAGCAUUCUGAGGAGAAGUUGGGAGGAAGAGAAGUCGAGAGUAC